AGGCACGGCCCGUAAGCAGGGGACACCACCGCCUCCGCGAGCUCCGGCCGCCGCCCCCCCCCGGCGCGUCCUGCCGCAGCGAGAGGCAUGGAGAGGGCCACGCUCGCGGGGCGCUGAUCCCCGCGCCUGCCCGCGCGCACACGCCCCCCGCCGCCGCGCGCCCUCAGCGCCUCGUCCCCAGCCCCGGCCCCACCAUGACCGGCUCAGCCGCCGAUACUCAUCGCUGCCCCCACCCGAAAGGCGCCAAAGGCACCCGGUCCCGGAGCAGCCACGCGCGGCCCGUGAGCCUCGCCACCAGCGGGGGCUCGGAGGAGGAGGACAAAGACGGCGGGGUGCUGUUUCACGUUAACAAGAGCGGCUUCCCCAUCGACAGCCACACCUGGGAGCGCAUGUGGAUGCACGUGGCCAAGGUGCACCCCAAGGGGGGAGAAAUGGUGGGCGCCAUCAGGAACGCCGCCUUCUUGGCAAAGCCUUCAAUACCCCAGGUCCCAAACUACAGACUGUCGAUGACGAUUCCAGACUGGCUCCAGGCAAUCCAGAAUUACAUGAAGACGCUACAAUACUUAACCAAUGGACAGCCUUCCAUCGAGCGGUUCCCCAUCAGCUUUAAAACCUACUUCUCAGGAAACUACUUUCACCAUGUCGUGCUGGGGAUUUAUUGCAAUGGCCGCUACGGCUCACUGGGCAUGAGCCGAAGGGCUGAGCUGAUGGACAAGCCAUUGACCUUUCGGACUCUGAGUGACCUCAUCUUUGACUUUGAAGACUCCUACAAGAAAUACCUGCACACAGUCAAAAAGGUCAAGAUUGGGCUGUACGUCCCCCAUGAGCCUCAUAGCUUCCAACCUAUUGAGUGGAAGCAACUAGUCCUCAACGUUUCCAAGAUGCUGAGGGCUGAUAUAAGGAAGGAGCUGGAGAAAUAUGCCAGGGACAUGAGGAUGAAGAUCCUGAAACCUGCAAGUGCCCACUCUCCGACCCAAGUGAGAAGCCGGGGAAAAUCCCUGUCUCCCAGAAGGAGACAAGCAAGCCCCCCGAGAAGGCUCGGCAGGCGAGACAAAUCGCCUGCAUUGCCUGAGAAGAAGGCUGCUGAUCUCAGCACUCUGAAUGAAGUGGGGUAUCAAAUCCGAAUUUAGCCAAGCCAUACCGGCCAGCAAGAAGGUUUCUGUGGUGCUUCUCUCUGCACUUUACCCAGUAUCUUCAGGAGGAACUGAACUAUUUAUUAAGAACUUGUGAAUUUUAUUUUUAAGGAUUCACCUGGAAAUAGAGAAUCUGAGUGGGUGGUAACAAUUAGCUUUAAAAACUCACUAUGAGGUUAACCGUGAAAAGGCUAAAGUGAUAAACCCCACUAGAGUUGGACUCUCUCCCUCACUCAAUCUUAAGGAUGACAACCAUAACCGUAGUUUAUAUUUUUCCAUGUACCUAUUUUCUUGACUUGCUUUGAACAUUAUGCCUCACCAAUAGUAAAUGUUCAUGAAAUCCUCUCUUGAACUUUUGGUAUAGUAAGGUAACUCAAACAGUAUUACUGUCUUUUUCAGCAAUAACAGAAGCAAAAAUGGGUGGGCUUUUUUUAAGCAGUUGAUAUUACCUCAGCAUUUUGACAUCAGAUAUGCAAACUUGAUGGUGUUUUGUUUUUUUUUAUAUUCUAUUUGUAUUGUUUCCCCAAUAUUUCAUGGGGAUCUCCACAAGUUUGGAGUUUUUUCCUGGUGCACACAUGUGAUGAGGUUUAAGGUAUUAUAUGCAAGUGUUUUAUUAAAAAGCACUGAAAUUCUUCUGGCAAUACGAGACACCACUUUUAGGAUCUUGGAGUAACUUCCUUCUUAAUCUUUCUUGAAGUAUUCACUCACAAUUUUUGUUUUUUCAAAACAAAACAAAAAAAUCACAUUCAGAAGUUAGUCUUUGUUCUGUCACUAACAUUUAAACUUUGCAGACUCCAGCAAAAAGCACAAGAGGGCAUGCACUGUUACACACAUUUAGCAGUAUUGCGAUUACCUCUGACAGUAACACACUCAGGCAAAGAGACCAGGAAUUAAUCAGCAGGUCUUGGAAACCAGAUAACCCUUCUGUUCACAUUU